AUGCGCCAACAGUACGGAGGGCCAAAACUGCCGGCAGACUUGCGAAACCAGUUUGGAGAUCCUGCGAAUCGAGGCAAGAGCAGCGGCGGGCGCAAUGGACAGGUGAAUCGCAAAGACCGGCGCAAAGCCGAACGAGAACAAAAAAAGACGCAACGAACACAGCCGAGGAGAGCACCACCACUGCCGGCGACACAUGUGCAGAAUGGUAAACGGAAGGCGCCGGUGCAACAGCAAGAGGACGAGUCCGAAGUGGAUUGGGAGGAAAGCGAGGACGAGCCAGCACCGGUGAAGAAGGAAGCAGCACCGAAGAGUAUACUCAAGAAGAAGCCCCAACCUGAGGAAGAUGACUCACCCGCGCCUGCCAAAGUUUCACGUGCCGUACAAGAACGACUCGAUCAGGAUGACAAGGAAAUCCGCGCGCUGGAGAAGAAGUUGGGAAAGAGGAAGAAGUCAGCAGGAGGUGGAGAUGAUGGGUUAGAUGACCUGUUCGGCGAUCUUGGAGACUUUAGCGAUGAGGGUGCGCUCGAGAACCCUGCAUCGAAGAGGAAGCGUACGAAAGAUGACGACUGGCUCGCAAGCAAGAGGAGGAAGGCUUUGGGAACAGCCGCUCCACCAGCGCCAGAGCCGGACGACGAGGACGAUGAGGACGAUGAACUUGAGAACCCGUUUUCCGAGGAUGACGACCUGGAUUCUGAGGAUAUGGACGACGAUGACGAGGAUCUUGAAGAUGGUGACCUGGAUGAUGAUAUGGACGAGGAGGGUGACAUCGAGAACCCUUUCUCUGAGGACGAGAUAUCAGGGGAUGAAGAGGACGAAGAACCAGCACCUCGAAUACGAGAGAACCCAUACGUUGCGCCGGUAGCUGCGAAUGCUGCACCUACCACAAAAUACAUACCCCCAGCGUUACGAGGACCGCCUUCGUCUGAUGCGGAAGCAUUGUCGCGUCUGAAGCGCCAAAUUCAAGGUCUUAUCAAUCGACUGUCGGAAGCCAACAUCCUUACGAUCCUGAAGGACAUCGAGACAAUUUACGCAACCAACCCCCGUGGUUAUGUCAACACUACGUUGAUCGAUCUCUUGAUCGACAUGCUUUCCGAUCCAUCGGUGCUCCUCGAGUCAUUCAUCAUCUUGCACGCUGGUUUCAUCGCAGCGGUCUACAAGGUCAUUGGACCCGACUUUGGUGCUCAGAUCGUGGAGCGCAUAGUUUCUGAGUUCGACAGGAAUUACCAGCCAAACAAGGACGGCGCCGGGAAGCACACCACGAAUCUUAUGUCAGUGGUUUCUGAGCUCUAUACCUUCCAGGUCAUCGGCAGCAACAUCGUCUUCGACUACAUUCGAUUCUUCCUCAACGAGCUCUCCGAGAUCAACACGGAGCUGCUGCUGCGGAUUGUUCGAGCAGCAGGUCCGCAGUUGCGACAGGACGAUCCAACUGCGCUUAAAGACAUUGUUGUUUUGCUGCAGAAGUCCGUAGCGAACGUUGGCCAACAAAAUUUGCCUGUCCGAACAAAGUUCAUGAUCGAGACCAUCAAUGAUCUCAAGAACAACAAGAUGAAGACAGGCAUCGCCGGAGCUUCGAUUACCAGAGAACGCACAACACAGAUGAAGAAGCAGCUGGGCACCUUGAACUCGAGGAAUCUCAAAGCCACUGAGCCACUGCGGGUUGGCUUGAAGGACAUCAAGGACACAGACAAGGUGGGCAAGUGGUGGCUAGUUGGCGCCAGUUGGCGAAACCAAGCUCAAAACGAUGCACCCGUAGAAGAGGAGAGAGAGCAACACAGACAGCGAGUUGAGGAAGACGAGGAAGACGAAGACGGCGAAGUCGACCUAGCCCAGCUUGCCCGUGAGCAACGUAUGAACACUGAUGUGCGGCGAGCCAUCUACGUCUCAAUCAUGUCUGCGACCGAUUUCAAGGAUGCGCAGAUACGACUCAACAAGCUGAACCUCAAGAAAGCGCAAGAAGUCGAGAUACCGAAGGUCAUUAUCCACUGUGCAGGUGCCGAGAAGACCUACAAUCCAUACUACACGAUCCUUGCACGGAAGGUUUGCUCAGACCACAAGACGCGGAAAGGCUUCCAGUUUGCACUCUGGGACAUCUUCAAGAGUCUUGGAGAGAACCAGGAAGGAGGCGCAGACUCGGAUGACGAGGGCGACGACAGUAAGGACGUGUCACUACGGAAGCUUGUCAACCAGGGUAAGCUCUAUGGUACACUGAUCGCGAAACGCGUGCUGUCCGUCACCUGCCUCAAGAACCUCAACUUCCCGUACCUGCAACCGAAGACCAAGACGUUCGUCGAGAUCAUGCUAGUCACGGCGAUCCUCGAAACACAGAAGGGCGCGAAGGGAGAGCGAAACGAGACGGCUUUGUUGCAAACAUUCGUAGAAGUAGACCAGGCGCCUGAGAUGGUUGCAGGAUUACAAUUCUUCCUCAAGAAGGUUGUGAGCAAGACGGACAUCGUGGAGAAGUCGGAGAAGGAGACGGUCAAGUGGGCAUGUAAAGCUGUUAUCGGCCUGUGCCACCGCAGCUCCUUUUGGUUUCUAGUUCCGUCCGCCUAUUUUACAAUGUUCCGGUCUCUGGCUCCCCGCGCCGUGCAGAGGGCGACACGGCCCGUCUCCAACAGCACAUUCUGCGCAUCCAACAUCUACUUCCAGAACAGGUUACGACGAGGCUACGCUUCGGAAGCUGAGGAGAAGGACCUGGUCAUCAUCGGCGGUGGUGUUGCGGGAUAUGUCGCAGCUAUCAAGGCUGGACAGGCCGGCCUGAAGGUCGCUUGUAUCGAGAAGCGCGGCUCCCUCGGUGGAACUUGCUUGAAUGUUGGCUGCAUCCCCUCCAAGUCCCUCCUGAACAACUCGCACCUCUACCACCAGAUUCUCCACGACACCAAGGGCCGCGGUAUCGAGGUCGGCGAUGUCAAGCUCAACCUCCCCGCCAUGAUGAAGGCGAAGGAUACCUCGGUCGCUGGUCUGACCAAGGGCAUCGAGUUCCUCUUCAAGAAGAACAACGUCGAGUACAUCAAGGGUACCGGCGCAUUCCAGGACGAGCACACCGUCGCUGUCAACCUCGUUGAGGGCGGCGAGACCACUGUCCGCGCUAAGAAUGUCCUCAUUGCCACCGGUUCUGAGGCCACGCCCUUCCCCGGUCUGACCAUCGAUGAGCAGAGGGUCAUCACCUCCACUGGUGCUAUUGCGCUCCAGGAGGUUCCUAAGAAGAUGGUCGUCAUUGGUGGCGGUAUCAUUGGUCUCGAGAUGGCCUCCGUCUGGUCGCGUCUCGGCUCUGAGGUCACCGUCGUCGAGUUCCUCGGUCAGAUUGGUGGCCCUGGUAUGGACCAGGAGAUCGCCAAGACCGCUCAGAAACUGCUCAAGAAGCAGGGCCUGAACUUCAAGCUCAACACCAAGGUCACCGCCGGUGAGGUUUCCGAGCAGGGCAUCAAGGUCAACGUUGAGGCUGCCAAGGGUGGCAAGGCCGAGAGCCUUGACGCUGACGUCGUUCUCGUCGCCAUCGGUCGCCGUCCCUACACUGCCGGCCUUGGUCUCGACAACAUUGGUCUCGAGACUGACGACCGUGGCCGCCUGAUUAUCGACCAGGAGUACCGUACCAAGAUCCAGCACAUCCGCGCCAUUGGUGACGUUACCUUCGGUCCUAUGCUUGCCCACAAGGCUGAGGAGGAGGCCGUCGCUGCCAUCGAGUACAUCACCAAGGGCCACGGCCACGUCAACUACGGCGCCAUUCCCUCCGUCAUGUACACCCACCCCGAAGUCGCCUGGGUCGGCCAGAACGAGCAGGAGCUCAAGGAGGCCGGCGUCAAGUACAACGUCGGAAGCUUCCCCUUCUCCGCCAACUCGCGUGCGAAGACCAACCUCGACACCGACGGCAUGGUCAAGUUCCUCUCGGACGCUCAGACCGACAGGAUAUUGGGUAUUCACAUCAUCGGCCCCAACGCUGGUGAGAUGAUUGCCGAGGGUACUCUUGCCCUCGAGUACGGUGCUAGCUCAGAGGACGUUGCACGAACAUGUCACGCUCACCCUACGCUUGCUGAGGCGUUCAAGGAGGCUGCCAUGGCCACCUACGACAAGGCUGUUCACUACUAG